AAGCUCUGUGACUCUUCGUCAAUGAUUCACUCUCCUGACGCUGACCUUCCUUUGAGGCUGAGGGAACUCUUAGCUCAGUCCAAGGCGAGGCUCCCUGGGGCCGUGAGGUUUGACCGUCUGUGAACACAGAUGACUGCCUGCAAAUCCUCCGCACACAGGUCUGCCCAACACUGACACUGAGCCUCCAGUGGGAGUGGAAUGGAUCAUGGCCCACUCUGAUUCGCUGUCACUGCCCUCCUCCCCUCAUGAAGAUGUCAACCUGGGACCUUCAGCGAACCCACAUGCCAGGCCCACUGACUUUGACUUCCUGGCUGUCAUUGGCAAAGGAACCUUUGGAAAGGUGCUGCUCGCCAAGCUCAAGGCCGACGGCACGUUCUACGCUGUCAAAGUGCUGCAGAAGAAAGUCAUCCUGAAGAAGAAAGAGCAAAAGAACAUCAUGGCAGAGAGGAACGUGCUGCUGAAGAGCCUCAAACACCCGUUUCUAGUGCGACUUCACUACUCCUUCCAGACCGCAGAGAAACUCUACUUUGUCCUCGAUUAUGUAAACGGGGGAGAGCUGUUUUUCCACCUGCAGAGAGAGCGCUGUUUCUCGGAGCCCAGAGCCAGGUUCUACGCCGCCGAGGUGGCCAGCGCCAUCGGCUACCUUCACUCACUCAACAUUGUUUACAGAGAUCUCAAGCCGGAGAACAUUCUUUUGGACUGCCAGGGCCAUGUGGUGCUGACGGACUUUGGGCUGUGUAAAGAGGGUGUAGAACCUGAGGGAACUACCUCAACGUUCUGCGGGACUCCAGAGUACUUGGCUCCGGAGGUUCUUCGUAAGGAGCCGUACGACAGGACGGUGGACUGGUGGUGCCUGGGAGCGGUGCUUUAUGAGAUGAUCUACAGCCUGCCUCCGUUCUACAGCCGCGACGUUGGCGAAAUGUACGACGGGAUCCUCCACAAAGCCCUGGCGCUGCCCCCGGGGAAGUCUGACGCCAUCUGCUCUCUGCUGACGGGCCUGUUGCAGAAGGACCAGCACAGGCGCCUCGGGGCGAUCGCAGACUUUCUGGAGAUAAAGAACCACACCUUCUUCUCUCCAAUCAACUGGGAUGACCUUUACCACAAGCGGCUGACGCCUCCUUACAACCCCAACGUGAGAGGCCCGGCUGACCUUCAGCACAUCGAUCCAGAGUUCACCAGAGAGCUGGUUCCUAACUCCGUCAGUCGGACCCCAGAGUUCAGCGCCAGCACCAGUUCCAGUAACGCCUUCAAUGGCUUCUCCUUUGUCGCCUCUGAUGACAGUUUUCUGUGAGACUGCGGGAUUCAGAUCACACUGAGUAAAACAGGCGCUCCUCAUCAGCUGCAGGAGUCCCACUAAAAGUCUGUUUCACUACAAACCAAGUUCUCCUUUGGAUCAAAAUGAAUGAAGAAGGGUUCAAAUGUUGGAAACAUUUCGCCAGCGUAUUUUUAGGCCCGCUAAUACAGAGGAUGAAGUGAGGAAUCUACAGGACUCACACAGUGGAAGCCUCAUUAGGAAUCACUGCAAAUGAUUUUGGGUCCAUUUGUGGAUGAAGGAGUAUAAAUUAAGAGAGACUGGGUUCAUGCAAAAAAAAAUGACUGGACUGUUUCAAAACAAAAACUGGACUUCUGGUUUGUCAGCUGAUCCCUUUUUGUGCAGCUGAGUUGAGUGGCAGUAUCUUACUUCCUCUGUCCCAAAGGCAGAUUCAUGUAAAGUAACUGUCAGUGACGAUGAUGUACUACACAAACAACCUGAGGUUAAUUUUUUACUACAUAAAAGAGAACGGCUCUGAUCCCACAGUGCAAGUGGAUGCCAGACCGUAGAUUAGACAUAAUAAAAUCAAAUUCAAUGUUUUCUCUUCUCCCUUCCUUAAACUGCACACGGCGGUGGCAACACUUUGGUGGUUUGUCUUGUGAAUUUUAACUUUAUUUUCUGCACUGCGACCAUGUUGAUUGGUUUAUUUCACGACACGUAACAAGAUGAAACAGCUCAUGUUAUUGUGAGAAUACUGUAUCCAGCACCUGUAAAUAUACAUUUGCAAUUGUAAUAUGAGCAUUUUAUAGAGUAAUGUUCAUUAAUGACUGAACCAUGAAGUGCAUCUCUGUGUCAGAAAUUUGAUUGGUGGUGGAUGGUGUUGGCAGUGAUGGGUGAUAGUUAGAAAGUGUGUAUUUUAUUUUUUAAAACUUUUUCAAGUGUACUUCAAGUAUUAAAAUCUGAGAUUAAGCAUAUUUUAUUGUAUUAUAACUCUAAUUUCUAAAUUUACUGCAUUACUAUUUUCCUUGAAACUCUUUGUUGGUUCAACAAGGCCUUGUUUCACAGAAACCUUGCUUUGCUAAAUCACAUGACUUUUCUAAGAAAUCAAACACACUGAGUGGGACGCAGACAUUGCUUUGUCUCAAAAUAAACUUUAAUCUCUUCCAUUGAA